UCUCUUCAUCUCUGUUUCCAAUUUCCAAAGAAAAAAAAGGAAAACACUACAGGUCCCAUUGCAACCAUGGCUUCCAUUCUCAGAUCUGCGAGUUUGCCUUCCAGUCAUCGCUCAGAUGAAAUCGACAUAGAAGAACAGCUGCAAAGGCUGAAGGCAACCAUCUCUUCGCCUUCUGCUACCAUCGAGACGAUGGUCGAUGGUAUCAGGAGGCUUGGAGGAGUGCACAACAACAUUGAGGAGAUGAUGUGCUCGCCCAGCGGCCAAGCUACCAUUUGCCGGCCACGGCAAAGGAAAGCAGUGGAGCAAGAGCUAGAGCGCUCUCUUGUCUUGCUCGAUCUCUGCAACACAAUGCAAGAGAGCUUUUCCGAGCUCAAGACAAGCAUCCAAGAGAUGCAGCUGGUUAUCAAGAGAGGAGACGACUCAGCUCUUCAAGCCAAGAUCCAGUCUUACGUUCGCUUGGUUAAGAAGACACAGAAACAGUUCAAGAAGAUCAGCAAGAAGCCUACUUCAGUUGAUCAGGAGAGCUGCAGGGUGGUCAAGCAGUUGGCUGAAGCCAGAGAGAUUGCAAUCUCCGUGUUUGAAUCCUUGUCAUAUCUUCUGUCGAAGCAAAUUGCGACCCCAAGUUCUAGCAAAUGGUCCCUUGUCUCCAAAACAUUCCAUAAAAGAAGAGUCACAUGCGAGGAGGAGCAAUUGCAGGAGUUGGAGUUGGGCGUUGUUGAUCUAGAGAGCGGAGUAGAGACUUUGUUCAGGAAAUUGAUCCAGAGCAGAGUUUCUCUCCUCAACAUUCUCAGUUUGUAGAUAGAUCGUACGCCAACCCCGACCCCUUGUAAUUGGUGUCCUCCUUUUAGAGGAUCUGCUGAUCGUCAUACAAUUUUGCAAUAUGCAAUUGAGCAACUGUACAGAAAAUUACAGAAAAGAA